AUCAAAUUCCCCGAUUUGCUCGUUCUCGUUUUCUGAGGAAACAUGUCAGAUCAUUGUCAACCAUCUCCGCGCUUUCCCUGCGGAAUCCAGCAGGAAUGCGUGACCUCAUCGCUCAACAUGCAGCAGCUGGCUGACUGCAGACUUAAUUAAACCGUGUUCAUGUGUGACAGCCUGCUCCAGACUGCCGCAAAGUUGGCUGCUCCCUCUGCGGAUGCAGGUCAGGCGGGGAGGAUGAGGAGGACCAGGAGGAGGAAGGUAGACGACCAAAGUCACUUUCACGCACAAGUCGCAUCACGCCAUCGGAAUCUCCUGCGGCUGCGCAGACCCUCCGCAGUCAACACCAGCGCCACGCCAGGGUUUUCCGGACGAUCUGCGCGGAUUUGCGCGACUUAUUUAUUUAAUUUGCCCCUUAUAUAAUCCGCAUCGAGCCAAAACACUCAGAGAGAGAGAAGCGAUCGGAUCCUCUUCUGGCACCCAUGCCUAAGUCUUGCUGACGGAGCUCAAUCGGCGGCGCUGACCCACGGCGAGGUGGGCGUGUCACGCAGAGAGGACAGACCAGGGUGACCACAUCGUCUUCCUCAACCCUUCCUCCACUCAUCUCGUCUGACAAUGGCAGACCCCAGCAUCACGUCUCCCUCCGGAACGCCCCUGCGCUCCCCCAACGCCCCGCUCACCCUCUCCUUCCCGUUCCCGCGGGAGGGCAGCAGGGCGUGGCCGGAAGGGAGGGAACCCCCGCUUCCCCGCGACCUGCCCAGCCCGCUGCCGACCAAACGAAACCGCACCUACUCAGCUACGGUCCGCGCUCACUCAGGUCCAGUUUUCAAGGGCACUUGCAAGAACUUUUCCAGAUCACAAGGCCACGGCUUCAUCCAGCCGUUGCACGGCGGAGAAGACAUCUUUGUUCACAUCUCAGACAUCGAGGGCGAGUACGUCCCCGUCGAGGGAGACGAGGUCACGUACAAGGUGUGCCGGGUUCCCCCUAAGAACAUUAAGGUGCAGGCGGUGGAGGUGAAGAUCAUCCACCUCAACCCGGGGACCAAACACGAGACCUGGUCCGGACAGAUCAUCAGCUCGUAGUCGCCGGGAUCCGCCGCCGCCAGAGGACGGGCGGCGCUCCGGCUCGUACGGCGGGCGGUGCUCCUGGACUCUCUGCUUCGUUUCAAAACAACAACAACAACAACAACAACAACAAAACCAACAACCUCUUUUAGAAAUAUAUGUUGCUCUACUCUGUGUCAGUCAGAGCUGGUAUGAAAUCGUUACUGACAGAGCUGAUGGAUUCUGUUGAAGCUACUCCAACGAAUCCUCUUUGUGUAAUUUAUGUUUGAAUUGAAGCGGGGACCAUAAAUUAAUCACACCUACAAGUGGGA